UGCAUGUUGAAUAAAAAAAAGAGAAGAAAAAAGAAAUAUCAAAUAAAAAAGAAAUAAAGAACAAGUUUCGAAAAUGUGAAAAAAAGCAUGAAAAGAAAAAAAAAAAAAAGAACAAGAAAGAAUUGGAAAAAAGAAAUGUAGUUUUGGAAAUUACAACAGUUAGGUGUAGGUGGUAUGAUGUGUUAAGGAGGAAAGAAGGGAUGCAGUUUGCUGAAGAUAUUCCAAGUGAAUGGUGGGGCACGCGUUAGGAUGUGAAUUAAGAUGCUGGAUCUUCAGUACACAAGAGGGCAGCAACUUCUGUUUUCAAGAGGAAAGGAAAGCCGGGUAUUCAAUUGUAGUUGCAGAGCUUCUCUGCUGCUGGAAUGGUGUUGGUUGGUGGCUCAGGAAUAUGUGCUCAUGUACUUAUGUGGUGGAUUACGCAUGCACACCUGAAGAAGUACAGCAGCAUUUCCAAUCAUGUGGUACGGUUAAUAGAGUGACUAUACUGACAGAUAAGUUUGGCCAACCGAAAGGUUUCGCUUAUGUGGAAUUUGUUGAAACUGAAUCUGUUCAAGAGGCUCUCGGCCUAAACGAAUCUGAGUUGCACGGCCGGCAAUUGAAGGUUUUGCCUAAAAGGACGAAUGUUCCUGGUAUGAAGCAAUACAGACCUAGACGCUUCAAUCCUUAUAUGGGUUACCGCUUCAGGAGGCCAUAUGUACCUCCUUACUUUUACUCGCCCUAUGGAUAUGGAAAGGUUCCGAGGUUCAGAAGGCCAGCUCGAUACAUGCCGUAUUACUAAAAGAUUGGUUGCAUAAUCAAAUACAAGGCCUGUCAUUUCAUAUUUACAGUUGAUUUUUAGUUUUAAUCUGGUAGUUGUAUCGAUUUGGCGUUACUGCUAAGUACACUAUGAACUGGAUGAAUAGCCACCUACCUAUAUUGCUGUUGAAGUAGCUAAUAAAAGUUUCUUAUUGGCCAA